AACCAGCUGCACCGGCGAGGCCCCUUCCGGAAGCCGCCCCGCAAGCUGGGCCCCACCGAGGGCCGCCCGCAGCUGAAAGGGGUGGUGCUGAAGACGAUGGUGCGCAAGCCCAAGAAGCCCAACUCGGCCAACCGCAAGUGCGCCCGGGUGCGGCUCAGCACCGGCCGGGAGGUGGUGGUCUUCAUCCCCGGCGAGGGACACAACCUGCAGGAGCACAGCGUGGUGCUGGUCGAGGGCGGCCGCACCCAGGACCUGCCCGGCGUGGCCCUCAAGGUGGUCCGCGGCAAGUACGACUGCGCCCACGUCCAGAAGAAGAAGAAAUAGUAGUAGUAGUAGCAGCAGCCCCGGCGGCAGAAGCUCUAGCCCGGGGAGAGGAGGACGAGGACGACGACGAGGAAGCCCGGAUCAAGCCCAGAGGCCUUCCUCCCCGAAGGCGGGGGGGGGCACAGGCCCUCCCCACAGGACACGGGGAGGGGGCUCCGGCCACCUGCUCCUCCCGCUGGGGCCGGGGAUGGGAUGUUAUGGUUCAGAAUAAAAAGCGGCACUCCGGUGUGUGUGUGUGUGUGUGCGCACACACUUUGGUUCAGAGUC